CCGCAGCGCCCUCUUUGGUCACGUGAGGGCAGGGAGGCUAGGCGGAAACUGGGUCUGGCCGGCUCGAGGUCUGGUCCAGAACUGAAGGCGAUCCCCUGGCAGAGGAGAGUGGGACCGGCGGGCGGACCCCGCUGGCGACCGCCGGCCCUGCGCGUGCGCCGCUGACGCGGCCCGGCUGACAGAUUUUUUGAUGGACCAUCCAGUCAGCCCACAGGCCUGCUUUCGUUUAGUGAUCUGCAGAGCCCAGCUCUGCCGCAGCUAAUCAUCCCGCCGCCCGCGUGCAGCCCCGCUGCUCAUCCUCACGAUGCUGGACUUCCUGGCUGAGAACAACCUCUGUGGCCAAGCAAUCCUGAGGAUCGUGUCCUGUGGCAAUGCCAUCAUCGCGGAGCUGCUGAGGCUCUCAGAGUUCAUUCCUGCCGUGUUCAGGUUGAAGGAUCGAGCGGAUCAACAGAAAUACGGAGAGAUCAUAUUUGAUUUCAGCUAUUUUAAGGGUCAAGAGUUAUGGGAAAGCAAACUGGAAGCAAAGCCAGAGCUACAGGAUUUAGAUGAAGAAUUUCGGGAAAACAACAUAGAAAUUGUGACCAGAUUUUAUUUAGCAUUUCAGAGUGUGCAUAAAUAUAUUGUAGACUUAAACAGAUACCUAGAUGAUCUCAAUGAAGGUGUUUAUAUUCAGCAAACUUUAGAAACUGUGCUUCUCAAUGAAGAUGGAAAACAACUUCUUUGUGAAGCACUAUAUUUAUAUGGAGUUAUGCUGCUAGUCAUUGAUCAGAAGAUUGAAGGAGAAGUCAGAGAGAGGAUGCUGGUCUCUUACUAUCGCUACAGUGCCGCUCGAUCUUCUGCUGAUUCAAAUAUGGAUGAUAUUUGCAAGCUGCUGCGGAGUACAGGUUAUUCCAGCCAGCCAGGAGCCAAAAGGCCACCCAACUAUCCCGAGAGCUAUUUCCAGAGAGUCCCUAUCAAUGAAGCCUUCAUCAGCAUGGUCAUUGGUCGACUGAGAUCUGAUGAUAUUUACAACCAGGUCUCGGCCUACCCGUUGCCGGAGCACCGCAGCACAGCCCUGGCGAAUCAGGCUGCCAUGCUGUAUGUGAUUCUCUACUUUGAGCCUGCUAUUCUCCAGACCCAUCAAGCAAAAAUGAGAGAGAUCGUGGAUAAAUACUUUCCAGAUAACUGGGUAAUUAGUAUUUACAUGGGGAUCACAGUGAACCUAGCAGAAGCUUGGGAACCUUACAAAGCUGCAAAAACUGCUUUAAAUAACACUCUGGACCUUUCAAACGUCAGAGAACAGGCAAGCAGGUAUGCUGCUGUCAGUGAAAGAGUGCACACUCAAGUGCAGCAGCUUCUGAAAGAAGGUUAUUUAAGGGAGGAGAUGGUUCUGGACAAUAUCCCAAAGCUCCUCAACUGCCUGCGGGACUGCAACGUGGCCAUCCGGUGGCUGAUGCUUCAUACGACAGACUCAGCCUGUGACCCAAACAAUAAACGCCUUCGUCAGAUCAAGGACCAGAUUCUAACCGACUCUAGGUACAAUCCCAAGAUCCUCUUCCAGUUGCUGCUGAAUACUGCACAGUUUGAGUUCAUACUCAAAGAGAUGUUCAAACAGAUGCUUUCCGAGAAGCAGGCCAAAUGGGAGCAUUACAAGAAGGAGGGCUCGGAGCGGAUGACGGAGCUUGCCGAUGUCUUUUCAGGAGUGAAACCCCUCACCAGAGUAGAGAAAAAUGAAAAUCUUCAAGCUUGGUUCAGAGAGAUCUCAAAACAAAUACUGUCUUUAAAUUAUGAUGAUUCCACUGCUGCAGGCAGAAAAACUGUGCAACUAAUACAGGCUUUGGAGGAGGUUCAGGAAUUUCACCAGUUGGAGUCAAAUCUGCAAGUGUGUCAGUUUCUUGCUGAUACCCGGAAGUUUCUCCACCAAAUGAUCAGGACAAUUAACAUUAAAGAGGAAGUCCUGAUCACAAUGCAGAUCGUUGGCGACCUCUCCUUUGCUUGGCAGUUGAUUGACAGUUUCACAUCCAUCAUGCAAGAAAGCAUAAGGGUCAACCCAUCCAUGGUUACUAAACUCAGAGCUACAUUCCUGAAGCUUGCCUCUGCGCUGGACCUGCCCCUUCUUCGUAUUAAUCAAGCAAACAGCCCUGAUCUUCUCAGCGUGUCUCAGUAUUACUCUGGUGAACUGGUGUCCUAUGUGAGAAAGGUGCUGCAGAUCAUCCCAGAAAGCAUGUUUACAUCUCUUCUGAAAAUCAUCAAGCUGCAGACCCACGAUAUCAUUGAAGUGCCUACCCGCCUGGACAAAGACAAGCUGAGGGACUAUGCUCAGCUGGGCCCCCGAUACGAGGUUGCCAAGCUUACUCACGCUAUUUCCAUUUUCACCGAAGGCAUCUUAAUGAUGAAAACAACUUUGGUUGGCAUCAUCAAGGUGGAUCCAAAGCAGUUGCUGGAGGAUGGAAUAAGAAAGGAGCUGGUGAAGCGGGUAGCCUUUGCCCUUCAUCGGGGACUGAUAUUCAACCCUCGGGCCAAGCCAAGUGAAUUGAUGCCCAAGCUGAAAGAGUUGGGAGCUACCAUGGAUGGAUUCCAUCGUUCCUUUGAAUACAUACAGGACUAUGUCAACAUCUAUGGUCUGAAGAUCUGGCAGGAAGAAGUCUCUCGUAUUAUAAAUUAUAAUGUGGAGCAAGAGUGUAAUAACUUCUUAAGAACAAAGAUUCAAGACUGGCAAAGUAUGUACCAGUCCACUCAUAUUCCAAUACCAAAGUUUACACCCGUGGAUGAGUCCGUAACAUUUAUUGGUCGACUGUGCAGAGAAAUCUUGCGAAUCACAGACCCAAAAAUGACAUGUCACAUAGACCAGCUCAACACCUGGUACGAUAUGAAAACGCAUCAGGAAGUGACCAGCAGCCGCCUCUUCUCAGAAAUCCAGACGACCUUGGGGACAUUUGGUCUGAACGGCUUGGACAGACUUCUGUGCUUCAUGAUUGUGAAAGAGCUGCAGAAUUUCCUCAGUAUGUUUCAGAAAAUCAUCCUGAGGGACAGAACUGUUCAGGACACUUUAAAAACACUCAUGAAUGCUGUCAGCCCCCUGAAAAGCAUUGUUGCCAAUUCAAAUAAAAUUUAUCUUUCUGCCAUUGCCAAAACGCAAAAGAUUUGGACCCCUUACCUUGAGGCUAUAAUGAAGGUUGGGCAAAUGCAGAUUCUGAGGCAGCACAUUGCCAAUGAAUUAAAUUACUCUUGUCGGUUUGACUCCAAACAUCUGGCAGCCGCUCUGGAGAAUCUCAAUAAGGCUCUCCUGGCAGAUAUUGAAGCCCACUACCAGGACCCUUCGCUUCCUUACCCUAAGGAAGACAACACACUCUUGUAUGAGAUCACGGCCUACCUGGAGGCAGCUGGCAUCCACAACCCGCUGAAUAAGAUUUAUAUAACAACAAAACGCUUACCCUACUUUCCAGUUGUCAACUUUCUGUUUCUGAUUGCUCAGUUGCCAAAACUUCAGUACACCAAAAAUCUAGGGAUGAUCUGCCGCAAACCUGCUGACCCUGUGGAUUGGCUGCCGCUCGUCCUGGGCCUGCUCACUCUGCUGAAGCAGUUUCAUUCCCGGUACACUGAGCAGUUCCUGGCGCUGAUCGGCCAGUUUAUCCGCUCCACAGUGGAGCAGUGUACAAGCCAGAAGGUACCUGAAAUGCCUGCAGAAGUCGUGGGUGCCCUUCUGUUUCUGGAGGACUAUGUCCGGUACACGAAGCUCCCCAGGAGGGUUGCUGAAGCACAUGUGCCUAAUUUCAUUUUUGAUGAGUUCAGAACAGUCCUGUAAUUUUUUUCAAUGAAAGGAUUACCCUUUAAUCUUCCCAUCACUCAAAUGGAUUUGCAAGUGAAGAGAACUCAGCUGCUCACAUAACUUCUUCCCUGUUUCUGAGGAAGGUGCAUCUCAGCACUGGUCAGCGUCAUUUUAUUUGCAGUGUGUAUCAUGUGGAAGCAAACACAGUUUUGUAAAGUCUCUUAUAAAUACUGAAUGUAAUUGUUACAUAAAAAUCCAUUUAGUUUUAUGUUCUAAAGGACUAAUUGUGCAACUCCACGUUUUCAGUAAACUUUUACUGCCAGUAA